UUGAUCUUCCCAUGUGAGCAGUUGGCCAUGAUUUUGUUCCAGUGGGAUGAGAGCGGCAGCCUCGGGGCCAUGGAGAGUAGCACAAAGUUCCUGGAUCAGCAGUUUAGACCAAGCCAGUCCUUCGUGGUAGAAUGCAUCAUCGUGGGUGUGCAGCUGCUGUAGAAUCUGUUGUUGAAGUAACACCCUUUGUUGAUGUUGCUGGUGGUGGUACUGUGCGAGUUGUGCUUGCAAGAGGGAACGGAGUUGGUCAUCGCAUUCUCUACGCAGCUGUGGCAGUCCCUGUGGCUCAUUGUGCUCACUUGAAUGACGUGGCAACAGCAGAUUCUGUUGGUGCUGCAUUGCUGCAUCUUGCUGUUGCUGUUGUCGGUGUAGGUGCGAAACUUGCUCCUGCUGCGGCGCCAGUUGAAGUUGAUGCAUCGUCAGCAACUGCUCUUGCAGCUGGUGUUGUUGCUGUUGUUGUUAUGGCUGUUGUUGCAGUUGCAGUUGCAGUUGCAGUUGCGGGUGCUGUUGAAUUGCAAGUUGUUGUUGUUGCUGUACUUGCAGCUGUGGUACUAAGUGCUGAGGAUGCAGCUGUUGUGGCAGCUGUUGCAACUGUUGGACGAAGGGCGUUUGCUCCUGCUGUGGUAUAUGCUGAUGUUGAUGCAUCGUCAGCAACUGUUCUUGCAUCUGAUGUUGCAUCUGAUGUUGAUGCUGUUGUUGUUGUGGUUGUUGUUGUAGUUGCUGGUGCAUCAGCGUUUGAUCCUGUAACGUUUGGUCCUGCUGUGCACUACGCUGGCGCUGUUGUAGCAUCACUUGCUGGUCUUGCUGGAUUUGCAUUGCCUGAUCUUGGAGGUGCUGCUGCAGUGUGGGUUGGUGUGACGGAUGAGAUAUCAUCUGCUGCUGUUGUUGUUGUUGGGGCUGCUGCAGUGGGUGGUGAUGCCCAAACACUGGUUGGUGCUCUGAGAGUUGUUGCAUCUGUUCCAGCUCUUGCAAUUGUUGGGGCUGUUGCUGCAGCGUUCGGUGCUCGAGCAGACCCUGCCCUCCAUGCGUCAGGUGUUGUUGCCACGGCAGCUCCUCCUGUUUAUGAUGGGGAGGCUCCGGGGCAUGCGGGUGGUGCUGUUGCUGUUGCAACGACUGUUGUUGUAAAGGCUGUUGUUGGUGGGCUCCAGCUGCGUCGUCAUAUUCAGGUAGCCUGUCCCCCUGUUUGGACUGCUGUUCCAGCAGGCCAUGCACGACCAGGGUUCGCGGGUGAUGCUGCUGCUGUUGCAACAGCAGCUGUUGCAACGGCUGCGGGUGGGCAGUUGUAGGGGCCCCUUGCUGCUCAAUCGCCAG